AUGAGUGUUUUAAAAUUAUUCACCAUACACUUAUUAAUAAAAUUGGGAUUAAAUUCAGACGUCUUACAGAAAUCUGAUUUAAACCCAGGAAAUAAGGCUUAAUAAAUAUAAAAUUUAAUUCUAUUGAUGGAAUUCAGGAUACAUGACAGGAUAGCUAAAGUUUACGAACUAAAACGAAUCAAUGAACCAGAAAAAGUGAAGAGAAUAGUCAAGUUUUUCACAAAUUACAAUAUUGGAAGAAAGCUGGGCCCUCAUGAAUUUUGUGAGACUCUAUUAGUGUUUUCUGUCUAAAAAAUCGUCAUAAUUAUAAGAAUAAAUCAAUAUUUAUAGACAGUGGAAAUUCACAAAUGCUCCUUUUCUGAAAUAGAGAAUUCUAUUCAACAUGAUAAAUAAUACCACAUAAUUAGUAGCUUUAUGAUAGAGUCGAUUGAAUACCAAAUUAAUAAGCCUUUUAUGCCAUAUUUUUUGGACUCAUAAUACUUUUACUUCAUUAUAAAUCAGGAAAUCAUUUAAUACAAUCUAGCCUCUCUACUAACAUCUAAAAAUUCUCCUACAACUAUAGUAAAAAGACACUUAAUCUAGUCUCCAAUUUACUUUAGAGAUGAUUUCAUUCACGUUAAAAAUAAAAAUAUUCUAUAUUCUUUUCAAAGACAUGCACAUCAAAUUAGCCAUAGAAAAUUUCUACUUAAUAUGCAACAAAUCAAUUUACAAACUGAUACUUCCAAUUACUUCUAAUUUGAAUUAGUAACUUCAAUGUAUAUGACAAAUAUCGAUUUAAUUCAGAGCCCAUUCAUUAAUUCUGUAGUUUUUGAAACUAAUGAGAUAACCCUAGAGAUUUAUUUUCCAUUUUAAGGAAGCUUAAUAAAAUAGAGAUAUUCACUGUCCUAAAAUUCAGAUUUUGAUUUUUAAGAUGAGAAGAGAGAAGAAAUAAAUUUUGAGAAGGAACCUGGGUUAAUACAGAUAUGGAAUUUAGAAUAGGAACAUGAUUAGGUUAAUUCUUUGGUUUUAUAUUGA